AUGGCAGAUGGUUCCGUGGUCAGUGCUGGUGCCGCUAGCUGGCAUGAGGUCCCUACGACCGGUGUCAAGGUCCACCUAAAGACUUUCAUUGUGGUCAUUUGCAUCAAUCUCGUCUAUUUCUCUCAGAUCACGGCCAUUAUCGGUUCGGGAUUUCUGGCCCAGCCUAUUGCUGCGCUUGUUGGCGGCACCUCCCAGACUAUGUGGUUCAACCAGUCCAUCAACCUUUUGGGUAUUGCUAUCUGCCUUCCUGUGUCUCAAAUGGCUGACUACUGGGGGAGGAGAUGGGUCCUCAUUAUCCUACUAGUCAUUGGCGUCGCAGGCGCUCUUAUGGUCGCCCGAGCGCAAAACGUCGCAACUGUGAUUGCCGGCUUCAUUUUGAUUGGUAUCAACUAUGGCUCUCAGCCUAUCCUAUUCGCCGUGCCGUCCGAGGUGUUGCCUAGAAAGCAACGUCCUAUUGCUCAGGCUACUAUUAACAUGUCCGCUAGUAUCGGUGGAGUCCUCAGUUUGGUUAUGGGCGGUGCCCUUCUUCGAUAUAAUCAUAUUGAGAAUUACCGUAUUUACUUUUAUGUGGUAGCGAUCUUUUAUGCUCUUUCCUUUCUCGGUAUUUUAUUCUUCUAUCACCCCCCACCACGAGAAGAGGAAGUCUCGCUUGAGUUUAUGCAAAAGCUCAAGAAACUCGACUGGAUUGGGUAUGCUCUGUUCGCACCUGGACUGGCCAUAUUCUCUAUGGGCCUAUCAUGGUAUCAGAAUCCGUAUCCAGGGACUGACGUGCACGUCCUGGCACCCCUUAUCAUUGGUCUUGUUAUAAUCAUCUGCUUCGGGCUGUACGAGUGGCGUAUCAAAAAAGACGGCAUUGUUCACCACGCGAUCUUCAGGCACCGUAACUUACUCAUCGGACUCCUCGCUGUGUGGAUUGAUGGAGUGAGCUUCUUUACAGCUAACUCAUAUUUCGCUCAGCAAUUUGGUAUGUUCACCGGCAAGGACAUGCUUAUGACAGGUGUUGCAUUCGGCAUGUUCUUUAUGGUUGGUGCUGUCGCUACUAUCGGCUUUGGCUGGGUAUCCACCAAGUUCCGGAGCGUCCGAGUGCCGGGUAUCAUCAGUUUGGCUCUAGUUGUUCUCUUCAAUGUCCUCAUGGCGACCACGACACCCUCAACUCCUGAAGCAAACUACUGGGGCUAUGCUGUCUUUGCUGGCCUUGGCCUCGGAGGUAUCAUCCCAACCUUUAUGGUCGCCGCCCAGUUGACAACGCCACCAGAGAUGAUCUCUUUGGUAUCCGGCCUCGUCAGUGUCUGCAGACCCAUCGGAGGCGUUAUUGGCUUAGCCAUCAAUAACGCCGUGAGGCAUAAUACCCUAUCCGAGGAGCUACCUAAGAAGGUAGGCGCGGCAGUUCUCCCUCUCGGCCUUCCCAGGUCAUCUCUCAGCCAGCUCAUCAUUGGCUUGGCGAAUGGCGACAAUGCCGGGCUGAUCAAAAUUCCGGGCACCACACCUGAUAUCAUUACUGCAGCGACGGGUGCAUUUUUGAGCGCAAAUGGAGUUGCGUUCAGGAACUGCUGGAUCACUGCCGCAUGCCUGUGCGUACCUGGUGUCAUUGUUGCCUGUUUCCUUAAGGAUCCUCGCUCUGAAUUCAAAGCGCAUAUUGAUGCACCUGUUGAAUACGAGGUAGCUGAGGAACAGAAGAGAGUAGAGACACAGCAUGUUGAGGAUACGGAGAAUAUCAUGAAGGGAAAGGGUUCGGAGUGA